UCUCUUCAGGCAGAAACACACGAACACGCUCAGCCGCACACACACACACGGAGUCAUGGGAGGAGGUAGACGGACACACACAGCACACACAGUGGAGGUGUAGAGACCAGGACGGAGGUGAGUAUGAGAGGAGGGAAGUCUACAAGGUGAGCUCGGCCGGCCGGCAGCCCGUCUUUCUUGGAGGGACACCAGAAACCGUCGAGAAGUCUUUUGGGACAGUACCGGAGACACAACUAGAGGACACAUAAGGAUACCGGAGCGGCGGAGCGGCAGCAGGGAGAGCUGAGUCCCGCUGCUACCGAAACAUGAACAAGAACCACCGAGUGCCGAGCAACCGUUCCCUGAGUGCAGUGGAGGUGAAGAGCAAGUUCGGUGCAGAGUUUCGUCGGUUCUCUCUGGACCGAUCGAAGCCGGGCCGCUUCGACGAGUUCUACGGCCUCCUGCAGCAUGUGCAUCGUAUCCCCAACGUGGAGCUGUUGGUCGGCUACGCUGACGUGCACGGCGACCUGCUGCCCAUCAACAACGAUGACAACUACCACAAAGCCAUCACCACUGCGAGUCCUCUGCUCAGGCUGUUCCUGCAGAGGAAAGAGGAGGCUGAUUACUCCACGUUUGGUACCGACUCACUGACCAGGAAGAAGAACACUGUGCUUUCUGCAGUUCUUCUCCGGCCUGACGCAGCCAGAAAAAAAGCCCCGGUGAUCAUCAGCCUCCCUCGGGACUUCCGCCCCGUCUCCUCCAUCAUCGACGUGGACAUCCUGCCUGAGACGCACCGACGUGUCCGCCUCUACAAGCACGGACAGGAAAAACCGUUGGGCUUCUACAUCCGGGAUGGCUCCAGCGUGCGGGUGACUCCACAGGGCCUGGAGAAGGUCCCAGGGAUCUUCAUCUCUCGCAUGGUUCCCGGGGGGCUGGCCGAGAGCACGGGUCUCCUGGCGGUCAAUGAUGAGGUACUGGAGGUGAACGGUAUUGAGGUGGCUGGGAAGUCUCUGGACCAAGUGACUGACAUGAUGAUCGCUAACAGCCACAACCUCAUCAUCACCGUCAAGCCCGCCAACCAGCGGAACAAUGUUGUUCGCGGUGGAGGAGGAGGAGGCACCGCAUCCGGGAGCUCAGGACGCUCCUCAGACAGCGGCGCCAGCUACUACGGCUACUCGCAGGGUGGGGUCGGCGCGGCCGCCUCCAUGCCGACGCACAUCAUCCAGAACUUUCCUGUUGGAGAUUUGGACAGCGAUGAAGACGACGAAGAUUUGGUGAUCGACGCGAGAGGAGAAGCCGAGCCCAUCAGACGAGCCGCCUCCAAUUACAGUAUGCCGUCGCUGCCUCGCUACGAGCCCCACCUAAACCUCCGCACCGCCGCCGCCAGCUCCGCCUCCACCUCCACGCUCUCCAUCAACGCCAACGGCACCUUGCCAGCCAGCGGCAGCAGCGGAUCACUCAGCAACACCAACGCCGCUUCCAGCACGCCCUCGCCAGAGAGAGCAACGGACAGGCGGAGUCUGGAAGAGGACGGCACUGUAAUAACUCUAUAGACUGGACUUUCACACGAAACACUGGGAACCACUUCAACACUGCUACACACACUCGAGGGAGUCCGAACAUAAGACAAGGGAACAUCCUGCACCGUCAAACAACUGAGAAGCACAAUGAACAGUGUACAUGUUUAAUCUCUACAUUGAGCUUGUAGUUUUAAACAUGUUGACAUGUGAACCGCUGCACCCGAAGCCAAUGACCACAUGUGUGCCAUAGUGGGGAAGCCCUGUGAGUCUACAGGCACGAAAACAUCAGCAGAAGAAGUGUAGACACCCUCAGAGGCUCUUACUUUGCAGACUGGUGUUAAGUCGAGCUUCCACUAGAGGGCAGUGAUCAGAAACAACAUCCUCCACAUUUCUCUGCAGCUGAACCCAGACAUCCUAUGAACGGGUUAAUCUGCUCUCCAUGACACUAUCUCACUGAAACAUUUCAGCUCUUACAUUUAACGACAAUCUGUGGUUUGUUUUUGGCCUUGCCCUCGCCCCUGCACCAUACUGUGACCACCUUCCUACCCUAAGUGGACCACAGCGUGUGGUUGGUUGCACAGUUGCGGUACUUUCCACCCGAUGCAGUGCCACAACAACCGACCAAGUGCUGAGAUACGCAAUAAUGUUAGUAUUUUUAAGGGAGGGCCCGCCUAAGAAACAAGUUCGGGUCCAUUAUUUUAGCUUGGAUGCUUUUAAAGCUGCUGUUGGUAGUCACAGAGUAAACAUCUUCUCAGAGAAGAGGGACUUCGAAUGUCAACACUACCCCUCCCAACCAGAUUUCC